AUGUCGUCUAUAACAGCUCCAUCUUCUGACACAGUGUUUCUCAUACCUUCUGACACAGUGUUUCUUGUACCUUCUAACACAGUGUUUCUCAUACCUUCUGACACAGUGUUUCUCAUACAUUCUGACACAGUGUUUCUCGUACCUUCUGACACAGUGUUUCUCAUACAUUCUGACACAGUGUUUCUCGUACCUUCUGACACAGUUUUUCUCAUACCGUCUGAUACAGUGUUUCUCAUACCUUCUGACACAGUGUUUCUCCUACCUUCUGACACAGUGUUUCUCAUACCUUCUGCCACAGUGUUUUUCAUACCUUCUGCCACAGUGUCUCUCAUACCUUCUGAUACAGUGUUUCUCAUACCUUCUGACACAGUGUUUCUCAUACCUUCUGACACAGUGUUUCUCAUACCUUCUGAAACAGUGUUUCUCAUACCUUCUGACACAGUGUUCCUCAUAUCUUCUGACACAGUGUUCCUCAUACCUUCUGACACAGUGUUUCUCAUACCUUUUGACACAGUGUUUCUCAUAUCUUCUGAUACAGUGUUUCUCAUACCUUCUGACACAGUGUUUCUCAUAUCUUCUGUCACAGUGUUCAUCAUAUCUUCUGACACAGUGUUUCUCAUACCUUCUGACACAGUGUUUCUCAUACCUUCUGACACAGUGUUUUUCAUAUCUUCUGACACAGUGUUUCUCACACCUUCUGACAGUGUUUUUCAUACCUUAUUACACAUGUUUCUGACACAUCCCAUACCUUCUGACACAGUGUUUCUCAUAUCUUCUGACACAGUCUUUCUCAUAUCUUCUGAAACAGUGUUUCUCAUACCUUCUGACACAGUGUUUCUCAUAUCUUCUGACACAGUCUUUCUCAUAUCUUCUGAAACAGUGUUUCUCAUACCUUCUGACACAGUGUUUCUCAUAUCUUCUGACACAGUCUUUCUCAUAUCUUCUGAAACAGUGUUUCUCAUACCUUCUGACACAGUUUUUCUCAUACCUUCUGACACAGUGUUUCUCAUACCUUCUUACACAGUGUUUCUCAUACCUUCUAACACAGUGUUUCUCAUACCUUCUGACACAGUGUUUCUCAUUUAG